AUGCAUUCAGGGGAUCGAAUUGACAACCGGCACUUUGACUAUGUACUCCCCGUGCAUGUCGAUAUAGAUCAGAUAAAUGAAGUAAAUAAAACUUGUAUAUACAUUAGUGGAAACACGAAUCCCUAUGUAUAUUGCAAGAACACGAGUGGCAAAUUAACAAAAAUAUUAGGUGGGUCAUACAAUUAUGAGGUGACAGGAAAUGAUGGAACUUCAGAUGGUGACACAAAUAAGGAGAAUAAAAUUAAGAGGAUCAUUAAAUCGGAUGAAAUAUGUGGAGAUAAAACAUUGCUUGGAAAUGGUACAAAUAGUGUAGUAGCUACAACUCUGAUUGGGCCGAUUUUAAAUAAUCAAAUGUUCAGCAAAGGCAUUGAAUCAGCUCAGUUCAAUAUAAGAAUAAAAAAUAUACAAGGAUUUCGUAACAAUAGAGAAAAGAUAUUCGAAGAAAUUAUUACAAAAAAUUUUGAAAAAAUAAUUGAUCAUGGUUCAUAUAAAUAUCAACAAUUUCAUAUUCGAGUGCAAAUUUUACAUGAAUGUUCAUACAUUUUAUCCAGUAUAAUAAAUUCUAUAAUUCUUAAUUUUAUUCACAACAACAUAAGUAUGAAUUUUAUAGUUAACUCUAUAAAUGUUGGGAUUGUUGACAAGACAAAAUUUGGGGCUUAUGUAGCAGAACUUUCGCAUAGAAAAAAUUUAGCACAUAAUCGUACGAAUGAUCAAAUUGCCUCAAAUGGGCCCAAAAAUGAGAUCAAAAAUGAUCAUGUUUUUCCGAACAGCGAAUUACUCACAGAAAAAUUGUUUUAUUGUCUGCAUAACAAAACAUACAUCCCUAAAAUUAUAUUAGAUCCACUGGAUGAGGAAGUUCAGCUCUAUUGUAGCAGCGCCUUCUGCUUCAUCAUUGCACCUGAUUUCCACAAAAUUUUGUCAAAUAUUGUUAUAAAAAAUUCGAUAGGGAUAUCGAAGGAGGUCUUUACCCUCUCCAAGUCGUAUGCUCUUCAAGUGUCCAAACUCUUGCACAGCAGCAUCAGAAGCAGUUACAUUUCCCACUUGAGGCAGAUGGAGACAUGUCUCAACACUAACUACUUCUCCUGA